AUGAGGGGCUUUCUGGACCGGAUGAGGGCGAAUCUAAGCCCAUUUGGCAUGGUGCGAGGGGCCACAUUCGUGAAUUUCCCCGACGACUCCCUCAAGGCAGACGCCCACGAAAAGUCGUACUAUGGGAACAACUACCAGGAGUUGCGACGCAUCAAGAAAAUCUGGGACAAAGACAAUUUUUUCAAUCGCUCACAGGGCAUUCAGCUCCCCGGCACAUCCGCACCGCAGACUGUCAGCAUGGACAUGGAGGACAACGACGGGCUCUUGGAGGAUCUGCUUGCUGCCAGGGCAUUCGUCGUGAACGAGGAAGACCUGACCGAUGCGUUAGCGGAACAGCAAUGGGAAUCCUCUCGCCCUUCUACCCCGACCGACUUUUACGGGAGUGGAGCCCUGCCGACUUUGGUCUACCGAUGA